UGGGCUCUUUCACUGGGUUUCAGUUUUAUGAUCCAGGGAGCUCCAUCCUCGGCAGUGAAGAUCUCCGGGAGCCCUUCCUCUCGCUGCUGCUGGUGCUGACAGAGAUAGAUUUCUCCCUGGACCCGCAGGUGCAGUGGUGAAUCAGUGGGGUGGUGAGCAGCACAGGGCUGCCAACGUGGGGCCCUGGCCCCUUCUUUGCCAGGACCAAUGGCGCUGACACUCCUUUGUUUGCAGAAUUGCAGCUUCUUGGACGAGAGCUGGCUGCUGCCGGUAAGAGCCCGUCGCUCCCGGGAGCCGUCCUUCUGCCACCUGGCCCUCCUUGAAAAGUCCAAUGAGGAAGAUAAGGAAGGGUUUGGUGGAGAGGGAUUGCCACGCACCCCAGGGUGAAUUGGCUCAGGUUCACUGGGCCGAGCAGAGCUGCCUCUGCUAUCGAGGUUGGGUCCUGCUGGGUACCUGCACCGUCACCAGGAGCAGAUCCCAGCAUUCCCGGGAGUAAAACCAAGCUAGAGAAGUACCCAGGCCUAAAUUGCUGAUAUAAGUGAAGUUUUCCCAUGCUCCCUUCUCUGAUUUCUUGCCAAAAAAAUCCCCAUUUCCCUGGGCUGACACAGAUUACGCAUCAGUUGGUUUCGCUCUUGGUUUGCUCAGUGAAACAUCAGUGUGUUAUUGAGAACAGCAGGGACACCUUCAUGUCUUUUAACGAUGAAGAGCAUCCCUCCACCACCUUUUAAACCCAAAAGAAUUCCCCAAAAGCUCGAGGCAGCUUUGGGACUGGUCAAGGCACGCACUGAGCUGUGGUGCUGCUGCUGAACCUGGGAUCCCCCUGGCUUUGGGGCAUUUCUGACAGCCAGUGCCCCCGGCCGAGCUGGCUGCGUCUCAGGGCCCCGGCUAAUGCGAUGUGACAGUAAGUGCUGCUGCAAACAGCAGCGCCUUUGGGGAGGGGCAGCUGCGUCCCCCGGCUGCGUGGGGACAUGUGGGGCGAGGCAGGAGGGCUCUUCAAUGAGUCAAGGGUUUGCUGUUGCUUUGCCAUCCCCUCCCUAGAGCAGCUUUUUCCCUUCAGGGUCUGGGCACAGCCAAACCCUGAGAGAGGACAGAGAAAGGAGCAGCCACUGAUGGUCCCAGCUCAGCCUGGGACACUGGGACUUGCCUCACCCUGGGCUUCCAAAGCCCUGGGUUGGCAUCAGUGCCAGAAAUUAUCCAGGGCAUGGAGUCCCUUGGAUGUCCCAUGGUCAUUGCCAAGGCCACUGUCACCAUCCACUCUCUUUCAGGUGUGCAGUACUUACGAGACAGUCCCGUGCCGAGCACUGGGGAUGGUGCUCAGGUAUGUGGAUGGCCGAGUCUUUGUCACCAAGGUAGUCCCUGAGAGCCAGGCAGAGGUGGACGAGGUGGUGCUGGCCGGUGACAUCCUCGAUGAGAUCAACGGCUGCUCACUGAGAUCCGCCUCCCCCGGGCAGGCUGGGGCUGUGCUGCAAAAGCUGAAGGGACAGCCACUCACCUUCCGCCUGCUCCGGUGGCAGUGGCACGAUGGGACGGUCUUUGAGCCGCUCCUGCCCUACCUGAAGGCCCUGAAGGAGAAGGAGCCCCACUUCCAGCUCCAGCACAGCCCCCAGCACAGGGGCAAGGGGAAGCCCUGGCAGCUGCAGGGGGGCAGGCUGCUCUACAACCUGCGGUUCCUGGGCCAGACCAGCGUUGGGACGUAUGGUGGCAAAGAGGUGCUGGAGGGGGCCAUCCCUGCCAUGCUGGAGAGGAGCUUGGCAGCGCGGGAGGUUUUAUUUGAUGUGAAGGAGACAGAAGUCCUUGUGCAGGAGAAGGCUUCUUCCAAGCUCCUGUGCCGCCAUCCCUACCCCUCCAUCUCCUGCGUGGGACGCUGCACGUGGAGCCCCAGGAUCUUUGCCUUCUGUGUGGUCUCUUCCCCCGAGAGCCCUGAUGGGAGCACAUUUGACUGCCUGGUGUUUGCAUCCAGUUCUGAGCAAGAAUGCGAGGAAAUCGUCGGGAGAAUCGGAGCUGAGGCUGCUACUGCAGCACCAAAUCAAGCAUUCACAAACAAAUCCUAUGACUUGGAAUCUUUCAUUUUCACUUGGCCUAAAUGCAGGCUUUGUGGCUCUUCCUGAAUUACAUGGGCUACUGAGGAUCCUCAGAUUUGCCACGGGGACAUUCCUGGCAGGCAGGGUCCCUGGAGAGAACUGCCCCGGUGAUUGACCUGAGAUCACCGAGCCUCACCUAGUUUGAGCUGGUGCUUAACUUUGUGUCUAAGUUGUGAACCUAAUCACUUUGUAUCAAAGGAAUAUCUUCCCCUACAGCUUUAGCAAGGAGAAUAAGAAAAUACUUGUUUCAAAACCUACCAUUUC